GUGCUUCCUGGUCCUGUGUUCCCCAGUUCGAUCACUGAUGUUGUGCCUUAUGUGUUGCCGGUUCCAUAGCCUCCCAUCCUGAUCCCAGUAAGUCCCUGUUUGUUGUCUGAGAAACACCUGCUGCACGAGUCUUUCAUCCCGGUGACCACAACACCAACCACCAGUGAUGUCUGUGGAGCCCAGAAAUACCAGCCUAGCUGCACUAGUGCCCAGGCAGCACCUUGACAGCGGCAUGUUUGCAUUGUUAUAUUUGCCUCACUUGUUCACCACUUUCAGCAACAGUAUCUGCUAUGUACUAGAACUGUAAUCAUAUGUGAGUGAGUAUGUCUGCUUUCAAGGAGCAGAGAUCCCACCUCCUUACUGUAGGUACAGAGACCCCACACCUACCACAAUCACACAUACUGUUAGGAUUUAUUUAAAAUUUAUAUUUUAAUGCUACAAAAUUAUGACUGACUAUGAACACAAAGCUGUCAAGUCCUGCCUGGUGUGUCUGGCCUCUUACUGUGAAACUGACCUGCAGCUUCACAAUAAACUCCACCAUGCAAAACAGCACAAGCUCAUUGAUGCCACCGGCCAUCUGAAGGACAAGGUCUGUUCCCACCAUGACAAACCGCUGGAGGUCUACUGCCAUACCGACCAGCAGUGUAUCUGUUAUCUCUGUACGAUGGAUGAACACAGAGGCCAUGAUACAGUCUCAGCUGCUACAGGAAGGGCGGAGAUACAGAAACAAAUGGAUGAAACACAGAGGGAAUUUCAGCAGAGAAUUCAGAUGAGAGAGAAGGAGCUGCAGGAGCUGAGAGAGGCUGUGGCCUCAAUCACUAGCUCAGCACAGUCAGCAGUGGAGGACAGCGAGAGGAUCUUCACUGAGAUGAUCCGCUCCAUUGAGAGAAGACGCUCUGAGGUGACAAAGCUGAUCAGAGAUCAGGAGAAGGCUGCAGUGAGUCAGGCUGAAGGAGACAUGGAGAGACUGAAGCAGGUUAUCGAUGAACUGAAGAGGAGACACUCUGAGCUGGAGCAGCUUUCACACACAGAGGAUCACAUCCAUUUCCUCCAGAGGCGCCAGGCUCUUCCUGUCACUCCUGAAGCUGGAUUUGGACCCAGAAUCUCUGUCAGUCCCAGAUCUGAUUUUGGGAAUUUGAGGAAGGCGGUUUCUGAGCUGAAAGAUCAACUGGAGAAUUUUUGCAGAAUGAAAAUGGCAGAGAUCCAUCACCAGGUUAAUACAUUUCUAGUCUGUUCAUGUUAAUAUAGACCAGGGCUGGCCAAUCUUACCCAGAAAGGGCUGCUUUUGCUGGAUUACUAAUUAGAGGACUGAUUGGCUGAAGGGUCUCACACCUGGGGUUGAACAGCUGACCUAAAGGUUACCCCAAAGACCUGCGUACA